UUUUUUGUAGUAGAUAACAAGUUUUUUAUUUUUGCAUUAAUACCAUUUAUUUUCAUGCUGUUGACACCUGGCUUAGAAAAGGCCAUGGCACAUGUUAACACAGGAAGUCUGAUGGUGUCACUUGUUCUUGCAGCUUUGCCUCUGCUCCAGCAAAGGCUGUGUUAAACUUGUUAUGCUUCUCUCUGUUUAAAUCAUUGGUUUUGCAGUUAUUUCCCUGGGAAAACAAAACGUGUCUUGUUUGCAUCCAUUAAGUUCAAGGAAGCGUCUAAUUUUUAUAUCUAUUGCAUAGUCUUUCAAUGUCUUAAGUCACCUACUUACAGUGAAUGACAGCUCAUGGGUAACAUAAAUAAUUUGCUGUGAUCCACUAACAGAAACAACUAGGCUAGCUUUUGCGCGUGCUCAUGCAUAAUGAAAGUCACAGAUACAGUUACAGAACCUAAUUGCACAUCACUGUCAGCUUGAGUCCCCACCUGGGAAUCACAUUUCGUGCUCAUUUCACUUUCAGACAAACAGGCCUCUCGCUUUUAUUGGGUCUAAAGAGUUGCCGUGUAGGAUUAGCCCAAAAAAGGUCUGCUCUGAAAAUAGAGAAAAACUGUAACAUGCUUAGAUACAGGAUUAGAGAUCCAGAUAUAAAGUGUUUGUGGAAGGCUAUGUAUUUGAUAUUUGUUUCAGCUUCUGGGAUUUUUCUGCUGCUUAUGCAUCCUGGAGCUGCUUCAGGUAAGAGAAACAACCCUCAUGAAUUUGUUUUCUAAAGUGCAUUUAUCAACAUGAUGAAUGAUUUUUUUUUUACAUUCUUUCUAAUGCCACUAUGGAAGAAGUCCCAGAAGGGAGUGCAGAUCUUAUUCUCAGUGAAGAAAUAGACGUUGGCGUAUGUCCUGAAGGAACCUACUUCAACCAGCAGCUUUGUUUGGAUUGUCCUUCUGGUCAUUUCUGCCCUGGCAAUGUUUCUGCACCUAAUCGAUGUCCAGCAGGAACAUUCAACCUCUACACGGGGAAAAGCAGCAUUGGUGACUGUAAGCCCUGUUUCCCAGGCCUGAUCAGUUCAGAGGACCGAGUGGAUUGCCGGCUGUGUCCCGCAGGCUUUUCAUGUGACCCGGCCAAUGGAAGACUUUAUCCAUGCCCAGCAGGACAACAUUCACCCGAGGGAGUCCUACAGUGUCUGACCUGCCCUUUUGAUUCUGUUUGCACGUUUGGGCUCCCUUAUAAGUGUGGACCUGGAAAGGAGCCCAACGUGGAUCACACUGAAUGUAUGGACUGCUUCCCAGGUUUUUACUCUACUGUUUGCACCGCUCAGUGUCUGCAGUGUCCAGCAGGAAGUUACUGUCCAGAAAGCGGGAUGUCACAGCCGUUCCCCUGUCCUCCUGGUUGGUCCUCCACACCUGGACAGAUGUCCUGCCGUAGUUGUAAUGAAACAUCCUUGGAGUGUGGGGGGUCUGUGUCACCCCGUUGGAGCCAGUCUAUCCACAGAACUGGUCAACCCGGCACCUGUAGACCAGGAACCUACAAACCUGCAAAAGAAGAUGGAACUUGUAUUGUCUGUCCAAACGGUUAUUAUUGUGUGGGAGGUUUGGCAGUACCCUGUCCAGCUGGGACUUACGGCCCCAAGGAAGGUCUGCAGAGACUGAAGGACUGCGCAAUCUGCCCUGCUGGGUUUUACUGUCUGGAAGGGAGCUCACAGAGACCUACCUCCCAGUUCAUCUGCCCACAGGGCUAUUACUGUGAAGAGGGCACCGCCACCCCUCAUGGGUCACCUUGUCCUGCUGGAACAUCAGGGGAACAACUGGGUCAGACAAGUAGGGCAGCCUGCAAAAGAUGCAAAGAGGGACGCUUCUGUCCUGCAGGCUCUUCAGGUCCUGGUUUGCCCUGUGCUAGAGGAAGGUUCUGCCCAGCCGGCACAUUGGAGGAAGUGACCUGCCCAUCAGGCACCUUCACCCCUCAUCAAGGAGCAAUAAGUGUGAAGGAUUGCCUGAAAUGUCCAGCUGGUUUCUACUGUCCAGAGGGGACAAGUGACCAGGUGCCCUGUCCACCAGGCUCCUUCAACCCCUUAGAAGGGCAGGAUGAGGUGGACGAUUGCAGAGAAUGCUAUGCAGGAAAGGCUUGCACACAGAUAGCUCUAAGAGCUCCUGAUGUAGACUGCAUGCCCGGGUUUGUGUGUCCUCCUGGCUCAUCAAAACCCAACGCGCCAACCAAUGCCUGCCCACCGGGAACGUUUAGCAGUCGCAUCAACCUUACUGACCGCUCACAAUGUGAGCUGUGUCCAGCACAAUACGCCUGUCUAAGAGGAACAGGUGGCAUCCAAAGGCCUCCGCUCCUUUGUUUCGCUGGCCAUUACUGUCCUCCUGGAACGAUGUUUCCGACGCAGUACAAGUGUCCGGUGGGGACAUGGAGCAGUCAGAGUGGGCUGGAGGCUGAAACGGAGUGCCAGCCGUGCCCUCGAGGCUGGUACUGCCUGGCCGGGUCUGCAGCUCCAUCAGGCCGGUGCAACUCUGGACACUACUGUCCUGAAGGGACAGCAUAUGGCACCCAGUACCCUUGCCCCGCCGGCACCUACAGCAUACAAAUGGGCAACAGAUACAGAGAGGACUGCUUGAUUUGUCCCGAAGGCUCGUUCUGUCAGCUGGGAACCUCCAAACCCUCACCUUGCCCCCCCUCUUCAUUUCGCCGCCUGAAAGGAGGUCGAAGGCUGGAGGACUGCUCUCCUUGCCCUGCUGGCUAUUUCUGUCCCCACUCAGCCACUAUCAGCCCCAAAGUCUGCGGAGCUGGCAGCUACUCUGACGAGGGCUCUGCAGAGUGCUCUCCAUGCCUCCAGGGGCACUACUGCAGUAAUGAGACCACCAGCGAGGAGGCCAUGCUGAGUGUCAUGGUGUGCCCACCUGGUUUCCUCUGCUCGCAAGGUUUGGCCAGGGAACCUCAGAGAUCAGCCACGCUCUGCCCUCGAGGUUUCUACUGCCCCGGGGGAGGCAUUGACCCCAACCCUGUCCCGUGCCCUAAUGGGACGUACAGUGCAUCUCCUGGUCUGCGUGAUGUGUCCCAGUGUGUCCAGUGUCCCGAGGGGAAGUAUUGUUACACCCGGCAGCCUCAGGAGCAGCCGAUCACCGGGCCUACUGAGCCGUGUCCUGACGGGCACCAUUGCCCUCCGGGUACCGGCUACCCCUACACGCAUCCCUGUCAAGUUGGCAGUUUCAGGAACAACAAGCUUGGUCACACUGGAGAGGCCUGCAUUUCAUGCCCGUCUGGGCAUUUCUGCAACAAACUGGGAACCGAUCGGCCUUUACUCUGCCCUGAGGGGUUUUACUGUCCAGACGGCACUUCUGCUCCCAAGCCUUGUCCUGAGGGAACUUACAGCUCGCGCUCUGCUCUCAGCGAGCUCUCAGAGUGCACCUCUUGUGGCGGCGGCCAGUUUUGCACCGGGGUUGGACUGACAGAGCCUUCUGGAAGCUGCAAAGAGCGUUUCUACUGCAGAGUGGGAGCCAAGUCUGCAACUCCAGUUGAUGGACCAACGGGAGGUUUAUGCCCCCCUGGGGGUUACUGUCCUCAGGCUUCAACCUCUCCCCUCCCCUGUCCGUCUGGCACUUUCAGCAACAGCACUGGCCUCAGCAGCCCUGAGGAGUGUGUUAGCUGUCCGCCUGGUUUUUAUUGCUUAGGUUCCAACAAUACCUCGCCUUCAGGACCUUGUUUUCCUGGUUUCUACUGUACCGUGGGAUCUUCUUCACCGGUCCAGAAUCAAGUAGAAGAAGGUUUUUAUUCCCUGGAGGGGGCAGCCAGGCCAGAGUCAUGUCCUCUAGGCACUUUUCAGCCGCGUCGAGGUGCAGGUUCAUGUGUGGCGUGUCAGGAAGGCAGGGUGUGCAAUCGAACAGGCUUGGCCCAGCCACCAGUCUGCCCCACAGGACAUUACUGUCCUCCUGGUUCCUCUGCUCCACGGCCCUGCCCUUCAGGCACUUACUCUGAUCAGCUAAGUGGCGGGGAUGUGAAGCACUGUCGACCGUGUGAGGCAGGUUCGUUCUGUAGCAGAGCUGGCCUCGCCGCACCUCAAGGUCUCUGUGACCCGGGUCACUACUGCACCUCUGGAGCCACCACAAGCGCCCCUGUAGCUGUGGCCACUGGAGGCGUGUGUCCUGCAGGCCACUUCUGUCUGCGAGGGACCAAGUUCCCACGGCAGCACCCCUGUCCUGCAGGGACCUGGAGCAGCUCCGUAGGAGGCCAGAACCCGUCCUCCUGUUGGGGCUGCCCACCUGGAUUCUACUGCAACAGCACCGGACUCAGCCAGCCUUCGGGAAUAUGUGACACGGGUUAUUACUGUUCAGGUGGGGCAAUGUUGUCAAAACCCUCUGAUGGAAUAACAGGCGACAUUUGUCCAGCUGGACACUAUUGUCCCCCAGGGUCAGCUUUUCCAAUCCUUUGCCCUGAUGGGACAUACUCAAACAGCACAGGGGCAGAGGUGUGUGAUGAAUGUCCCUCUGGGACGUACUGUCUGUCCGGAGAGGGCGUCCAGCCCUGUCCAGCGGGUCACUACUGUCUUGGUGGGGGAGUGGAGGGCAUCUUGCCCUGCCCCCCUGGCACAUACAGCUCUCGGUUUGGUCUACGUCAAGUGGAGCAGUGCCUCAUUUGUCCAGCAGGUCUCUACUGUGAUGACUGGGGCCUGUUUGAGCCUACUGGACUCUGUCAGUCUGGAUACUACUGCAUAGCAGGUGUGAACUUUGACAACCCUGAUGGGAACUUCAGCACGGGAAUCGGAGGAGCAUGUCCGCAGGGGAGCUACUGUCCUGAGGGCACCAGUCUCCCUCUGCCCUGUCCGCCUGGGACUUACUCCGACAGGCUUUAUCUGACAGAAGCCGCUGGCUGCAGUCCAUGUCCAGCGGGUCAAUACUGUGGCACCGCAGGACUCAGCAGUCCAUCUGGUCUGUGUCAGGCAGGAUCCUACUGUCCAGGUGGAGACACGGCAAGAACAGGUAGGAAGCAGGAAUACUGAUG